CAGUGGUUGAGAUAAGAGCCAAAGGUUAAAGGUCAAGUACAGAGUGUUCCAGGAGGUGUGGCUUAAAGAGGAAGUGUUUCUUUACUGUAAAGCAUUUAGAAAGAGAGGGAAAGGAAAACAAUACUAAGAAAUAGUGUAAGCUGCAAAGGGACAAGAAGAUAGAGAGAUAAGAUAUAGAGAAAUACAGCUAGGGUGGACAGCCGUUUACUACUAGUUAGUUGUAUUCCCCAGCUGGAUCUCUCUGUCGCGAAUAGCCUGGGGAUGAGGUUACCUACCAGUAUGUGAGGGGUGGUCUAUUGAGUGUGUCUGUGUUCAGGACAGUACCUGUUUGUGUAGACAAGAUGGGCAUUAAUGGGCGACUGCAACGCUACCUGCUGCCAGCCUCCAUCAUGGCUCUGCUGCUCUUCCUCAGUUCUUUCUGGCUCCCUCAGAUUGCAAUGCGUGAUUGUGAGACCUCCUGGCACCCCUGUCUGAGUUUCAAUUUCUACCUUCCAACACUGGAGAGCCCUGUUAUUCCUCAUCCAGGAGGGGUGCAGAGUGGGGGACAGCAGGGUGAGAGGGGUGUAGUGUUGGGUUCUGUGCCCCCUCUCCAGGUGUGUCAAGGUCAACAAUUCCAGGUGUGGCGUCUCAUGUCCCACCUGACCUCUUCCAUGGCUACGCACUCUGAUGAUGUUCUGCUGGAGCACUACCUCUACAGCUGGGACGAACUCAUCAAGUUUAUGGAAUCUCUCGGACCUCUGGUCAGUUUUUUCUCUCAGAAGGUCAAGGAUAAGAUCGCUGUCAUCAGAGAGCUGGCCCAGCAGGAGAAAGAGGCCCUUGAGAAACGAAGUCCAGUAGAAGGACACUCUGGACUACAAACUCGCACAUCAGGACUACAAGGCCCAGCGGCCUACAGUUCAGUGCGUUCCAUGGUGGAGUCGGAGCUGCAAAGGGGCUUGGUGAACUUCAGUGUGCGGACGCGCUCCGGCUGCAGAAAUCUGCUGCGGCUCCACCGUUCGCUGCUCUGGAUCCUGCUGCUACUGCAGGGCCUGGGGGAGGGACCGGACGCACAGGGGGUUUACCGCACCCCUGGGGAGCUCUGCAGGGAUGCGUACACCGUGGCCCUGGCCCCCCAUCACCCCUGGUUGAUCCGCAGUGCGGCUGAGCUGGUGUUUGUAGCUCUGCCAGACAGAAGAGUGUUCCUGGAUAUAGUUUGUGUGAGAAAAGAGGAGGAAGUUGGGCCGGUGCUCAACAUUGUUGUAGACGUUAUGAGAGAGGUAUACACACGCACACAGAGCAUACUGGAAGAACACAACAUGAUAGAGCUGCCAUAGAAAGACACAGACAGACAGACAGGUAUGCCAGCACACAGCCUGCACAGACUGUAAAGACACGUGAUAGAAAGACUGUAGAAACACACAGCAACUCCGUUAGUUAGGCCUACCGUAUAAGCCUGUUAACAACUGUAUAUGUAGAAAAGCCCUUAUAACUAAUGAGAACCGUGGAAUACUUGCUUUGUGUCAGUGAAAGGAGUGAAUAAACAUGUUAUUUAUUCA